AUGCAAAUAAUCAAGUCAUUGGCACCUUCUGGUGUUAGUUCUUCAAACCGUUCUCUCGGAAGGUUUGUUAGGCUCUUAUCAAAGACAACUCAACAUUCUAAAGUUGUUGAAACUACGGAUGAAGCAUUAAAAGGAAUAGAAUCCAACAUCACCUUGUUAUCUGGAGGAUUUGGUUUGAGUGGUGUUCCAGAUACUGUCAUCAAUGCAUUAAAAGAAAAAUCAGAAGUUCAAAAUAUUACAGCCGUUUCGAAUAACGCAGGUCUCGAUGGUAGAGGGUUAUCACAAUUGUUAGUUACUGGUCAAAUCACCAAGAUGAUCUCUUCCUAUAUUGGCGGUAACAGAACCUUCGAAAGUUUAUACUUGACUGGUAAAAUCGAUUUGGAAUUAACACCACAAGGUAAUCUAGCAGAAAGAGUGAGGGCAGGUGCUGCAGGUAUUCCAGCCUUUUACUCUCCUGCAGGUGUCGGUACUUGGUUAGAAGAAGGUAAGUUACCAGUUAGAUAUGACGAAACCGGAACUAAAGUAUUGAAAGCUACCGAACCAAGAGAAGUGAGAGAAUUUAAUGGUAGAAGAUUUUUGUUAGAAAACGCUAUUCUUGGAGACGUUGCAUUGGUUAAGGCAUACAAAGCUGAUACUCUCGGUAAUUGUUGGUUCAAGGGUGCCGCCAGAAACUUCAACUCCGUCAUGGGAAGAAAUGCUAAAUUAACUAUUGUCGAAGCUGAACAUAUCGUUCAGCCUGGUGAAAUAUUACCAGAGGAUGUUCAUUUACCUUCUAUUUACGUUGACAGAGUUAUUCAAUCCACUACACCUAAAGAUAUUGAAAUUUUCAAAUUCUCCGAAACGGAAGAUUCCGUUGAAAAGGCUCCUGCUUCUGAAGCUGAAUUAAAAAGGCAAAAGAUCGUUAGAAGGGCUGCGCAAGAAUUUGAAGAUGGCUCUUUUGCCAAUUUAGGUAUCGGUAUGCCAACUUUAGCACCAAAUUACUUACCAAAAUCCAUAAACGUCACUUUACAAUCAGAAAACGGUAUUUUAGGUUUAGGCCCUUAUCCAAACAAGGGCGAAGAAGACCCUGAUAUGAUAAAUGCUGGUAAAGAAACCGUAACAGUUCAAGCUGGAUCAUCCUUAUUCGGCUCAGAAGAAUCAUUUGCCAUGAUUAGAGGUGGUAAGAUCGAUUUAACUAUUUUAGGUGGUUUACAAGUAUCAGCCAAGGGUGAUUUAGCCAACUGGGGUUUACCUGGUCGUGUUAAGGGAAUGGGUGGUGCCAUGGACUUGGUCUCCAACCCUCAAGCUACUAGAGUUGUUGUGGUCAUGGAACAUGUCGACAAGAAGGGAAGACCUAAGAUCUUAGAGGAAUGUGCUUUCCCAUUGACUGGUAAAAGAUGUGUCUCUAGACUUAUUACUGAUUUAGCUGUCUUCGACGUCAUCGAUGAAAAAUUGGUCCUUAUCGAAUACGAUCCAUCUUCAUCUGUUGAAGAAAUCAAGGAAAAGACUGAAGCAUCAUUCGAAAUCUCUCCAAAUUUAAAGCCUAUUGAAAUCGAUUUAUAG